AUGAUGAGUGACCAAAAAAGUAAGAAAGCAUUAAAGUUGAAAACAUUGGAAGAAAUACAAAAUGAUGGCGUUUAUGAAAUCCAUCUUUUCCCAAAGAAACGCCGAACAACACCAAAUAAAUCACAUGUGUUAGUAACAGCUGAUGAAGAUGAUGACGUUGAUGAUCAAUUAUUCAGUGAUUCGGAUAUCGGUGAUGAUUCGGAUGAUGAUGUACAGGGAGGAGUUAUCGAUAAAUCAGUAUCAGCAACUGGUCCAAAACGAACCAAACAACGUAAGAGAUACGCGGCCGAAGUUCUACAAGUAAGUCCUAAUGAUGAUCCAUCAAAAUCAAUGGUUACCAUAUCGAAUUAUAUAAUAAAAAAACGUAAAUGGCCUUAUCGAGGUUGGCAUAAACGUUUUUUUCAACUGGAAAACGGCUAUUUGAUAUAUACUAAAUCUGAGCAAGACAUAAAACGUGGCCGAUUAAAUGCUAAAUGCGAUAUUGGUUUAUGUUUUGUAACAUUUAUUCGUGAAACACAACGUAUCGAUAUUGACGAAUCCAAUCGUGUUUAUCAUUUAAAAAUAAAAGAAAAAAAAAUCUUUGAACAAUGGCUUGAGCAAAUGGCAUUACAUAGAAAAUAUCGACAAGACAUACUUGAACGAUAUCGCCCAAUUAUUGACAGCGAAAACAAACAAACUAAUAACGAAAAUAAUAUUUCAAAUAAUGUUCCAUCAUCAUCUGAUAGUUUUCUUUACAAGGAUUUUGCAGGCAUUCAAAAACAAUUGAGUACUCUAUCAGAUAUACUUGAGCAUAUCAAAGUAAAUACAAAUUGUACGCCAACUAGUAUAUCAUCAAAAUCAACGGAAGGAAGUAAAGUAAGCGGCCAUACGCCAUCAGCUAGUAUCAGUAGUGUCAGUUCCACGACAUUACUUGAUAUGCAUCGACAAGAUUAUUAUAAUGGAGCAAAAAAAAUUUUUGACAAUUUAAACAAUCUAUAUAAAUAUAUGUCGAUCGCUGCUUUGGAACAACAAAAACAACUGACUAAUACAUCAAUUGGAGACGGUGAUAUUGUUUAUCAUUCAUUAUCACCAUCGGGGUCAAUGUCAAGACAAGGAUCAGUUUUUUAUGAUGCACUAGAUGUUCAUAGUGCGCUAAUAGCUCAUGGUGGCAAAGAUGGAUUCGGAAAAUUAUCAGAAUCAGAAUCAUCAAGCGAUGGCGAAGAUGAAAGUCAUACCGGUGAACUCGAUCGUCAAAUAUCCGCUCUACCUCAAUUAGAGCCACCAAGAAUGAAAUGGCGUCGGUCAUCUUUACCUGCAGGUGCACCGGACACAACAAAUGUUGGUUUAUGGAAUAUAAUGCGUAAAUCAAUCGGCAAAGAUCUAUCUCGCAUAGCAAUGCCAAUUGUAUUAAAUGAACCAUUGGGUUUAUUACAAAAAUUAUGUGAAGAAAUGGAAUAUUCCGAUUUACUUGAUCUUGCAUCACAAACCGAUGAUGCUUUGCUACGUCUUGUCUAUGUGGCUGCAUUCAUUGUAUCGACAUAUUCAUCAAAUUAUUAUCGAACUGGCCGAAAGAAUUUCAAUCCAUUACUUGGUGAAACAUAUGAAUGUAUACGAGAAGAUAAAGGAUGGAAAUUUAUUGCUGAACAAGUCAGUCAUCAUCCACCCAUUAGUGUUUGUACUUGCGAUUCGCCAAAUUUUAUAUUUUCGCAGCAAUUACAAGCAAAAAUUAAAUUUUGGGGAAAAUCAAUGGAAAUUUUUCCUGAUUCAUUAAAUGUAUUAACAUUUAAAAAAUAUAACGAAACAAUAACAUGGAAUAAAUGUACGAUGUGUAUACAUAAUGUUCUUUCGCCUGAAAGAUGGAUUGAUCAUUAUGGUGAUGUUCUUGUUGAAAGUUCAUUAGGAAAUAAAUCUCGUAUAAGUUUGAUACAAAGUGAUUAUGGGACACGUUUAAAUAAUGUCGUGGGAGUCAUUGAAGAUAUUAAUGGAAAACAAGUACAUAAACUAUUUGGUCGUUGGCACGAAGAAGUUUAUUGUGGAAAUGAUCAAACGGCAAAAUGUAUUUGGCGACAAAGUGCUGUGCCUGAAAAUUCAAAGCAAUAUUAUGGCUUUACACGAUUUGCUAUUGAAUUAAAUGAGCUUGAUGAAGAUCUUCGUCAACAAUUGCCAGCAACCGAUACACGUUUUCGACCUGAUCAACGUCUUCUCGAAGCGGGUCAAGUCGAACAGGCUGAAAAAGAAAAAGCUCGCAUUGAAGCAGCACAACGAUCAAGGGCUACUACUAAUUCAAGUCCGAAAUGGUUCAAAUGUGAAGGUGAUCAUUAUGUAUUGAUUCGGGAUGACGAUCCAUCUCAUUAUUAUUGGAAGAAACGUGAAAACAAUUGGAUUGGUGUUGAAUUUACACAAUUAUGGUAG